AUGUCGCCCGCUUCGGCGAAUCUCGCGCCAACGGCCUUCGGGGCCGUUGGCGCGUCCGCAGAGCCUCGAGGCGUGAGACUGCGGCAGCACGAAAAACGCGAUUCCAGCGGAUUUUUCUCGACUGGAGCUGAGUCCUAUCUCGCGACUCCGCAGCCUGCGUUCAGCGACAGCCCGGAGCCUCGACACUACAAGCCUCUCUACGUCGACGUGCCGCGCAUCGAGAACGUCAUUCGAAAACUCGCCGCAGACGCGAGGCAAAAGUUGUCCGCUGCGACGAUCAAGAAGCAGCUCAAGCAGCUGCAGCACGAAGAGCCGCUGCCUCUGGCGACGCUCCUCGAAUCUGCUGCGGCGCCUCGCGAAGAGAAGUCCAGCGCAGACGACGGACGGGACGGCGCGAAGAAGGCGGCGACGGCGGGCGCCAGCGUCCACGGCCAAGCUGAAAUGCUCGGGCUGCUUCCAGAAUCGCGUUUUCGCAACGUCAUGCAGCAGCAAGUACAGAGGCUGAACUUUUUUGCCGAGACGAAGGCUGAAGAAAUUCGGCAGCAACUCUGCCACAUAUACAACGCCAUUGGUCUCAUGCGAGAGCAGCACGGCUUUACACCCGACGUGGCUGCCCGCCUGGAGGACGAGCUCGACGCGCAGGCUGCAGAGAUAACACAUCUCGACUUCUUUGUGAGGAAGAACUACAAGUCCCUCGUCGAGCUCGGCCGCCUGUUUGAUCAGCUCCUCGGGACGGACACGACGCGCUGGUUCCUGUUUUCGUUGAUCAAAGAAAAGUUUUGCAACGUCGAUCUGGAGGGGCUUAUGCUGCGCCUCUCCCUCGCGUGGUCCGCUUUCCGCCAAGCCAAAGCAGGUGUGACGGAGAGCGGCAAGUGGCAGGCGCCGGAGACGUUUGUGCGGAACACGACGAAGUACUGGCUGCGCUCGGACAGAGUGGUGCACGCGCAAUGUUUGAUUCUCAAGCACCUUCCCUUCCUCGUCUACGGCGCCUCUGAGGAGGAGCUCGCUGAGGCGCUUCUGCGAAAGAAGACAGAGCCACCUGAAGAGAAGACUUCGUCAGACAAGGCGGGGCGCGGCGAGGCGGCAGAAAUGAAGAAAGCGGUCGCGCUGCCCGCGAGCAUCAGCGCGUCGCAGCCCAUCACCUCCGUCUACGUUGACAGCAACAGUGGAUACAGCUACUCGAACCGCAUUCUGCGUCUCGAAGGUGCGCAGCUGAUUCGCUUCCGCUGGUAUGGCGCGAAUGACAACGAGAGCGAUAAAAUAGUUUUCAUCGAGAGGAAGACGCACCACGAGAGCUGGACAGGCUUGAGCAGCACAAAGGAGCGCUUUGCGAUCGACCAGAAGUACGUGAAGCGCUUUCUGCUGGGGCGGCUGCCCGCUGGGGAGGCCCUCGCGCUGCAGUUCCGUGACCGCUGGCGGAGGAAAAAGCUGAAAGAGAAGGCGAAGAGCCGCGAGCCGCCGCCCCCCGCGCAGGCGGCUCCGCGCGGCCCAGGCGAGCAAACGCCGGAGGCGAGAGAGGAGACUGCGGAGGCGAACAAGGCCCGCGUGGCUGCCGAAGAGGCCGAAGCGGAGAAGAAGUACUUCGAGGACCCGAAGACCCAAAAGUCGCUCGAACUCGCGUGCGAGAUACAAGACGCCAUCCUCGCCCACGGACUCCUCCCCAUGGUUCGCACGAGCUACCUGCGCGCGGCGUUCCAGCUGAGCUCCUCGAACGCUGUGCGAAUUUCGCUCGACACGAACUUGUGCAUGGUAGACGAGCUGACGCCGCAGUACGUGAUGCUCGCCGAGGAGGAGGCGCGUCUGAAGCGCGCCGCGCCCGCGACCUCGCCCGCGCCCGCCGACGCGCUCAGCUUCUGGGAGAGGCUCCGGGAGCCCGCGGGUCUCCAGCGCCCCGCGCCGCGCCGCGAGGUGCCCGCGCUCCAAGCGGAGCAGACGAGGCCGCUGGAGGGCGGCGGGCGCCUCGACCGCAUGCGCGCGGACGACGACGACGACGUGCUCUGGUGUCGAGUCGCGGAGGAACUCCUCGGGAAGAACGACGUGGUUCGGUUCCCUUUUGCGGUGCUCGAGGUCAAGCUGCAGACUUCGCCGUCGCCGCCUUGGGUGGAGGAGCUGCUUGCGCUUUGUGAUGCAACGAUGGUGCCGAAGUUUUCCAAGUUUCAGCACGGCAUGGCGUUCCUCCACAGCGACAAAGUGAAUCGGCUGCCCUACUGGCUAUGCUCGACGCCCGAGCCCGCGCCUCAGGUUGCGUCGCGCACGCUCGACGGCGACGCGACGCGGCCUACGCUAGCUUCGCAGGCGCCCGCAGACGGCACGUGCGCUGACCGCAGAGACGAGGCGGCGCUGGCGCAGUGUUUUCGCUUCGGGUCGCGGCGCGGCGCCUCGUUCUUCUCUCCGCUCGUCCGCAGCGUCGACGACUCUGGGUUCCACGCCGAAGAGGCCCCUGUGGGGAGGGGGGCGGCCCCGGGGGGGGGGCGCAACGGCCGUGGAGACCCCAGCGGAGUGGGUGCGCGGCGGAAGCCCUCCAGAGCGCCCGCGCUCAGCUGCGACUCCGACCAGGAGGACGAUCGAGGCCAGUGCGAUCUUGUCCACCUCAGCCGACGCCUCGCGCCCCAUCGCUUCAGCGCGCGCGGCACGGAUGCCGCGCGCACGCUGGACUGGCUCAGGCAGCGCCACGAUGACGCGCUGGUGGAGGAUCUGCGAUCUGCUGCAGAGCGUCGCGAGGCCCUUUCACGGAAACUCGAAGAAGAGGCGGCUGCAGGCCGGGACGAAGCCGCUCGCUGGCGGGUUCGCCGGGGUGAGGGCGAUGAGAGCCUUGACGAGCGACUCGCGCUCGUGGCGGACGACGAAGACGAGGACGAGGCCGUCGAAGGCGACGAAGAAAGCGAGGAGGCGCGAGAGGGCGGCGGGGUCUCCGCGCGACAGAGGAAGAGCGCAUGCCUGCGAAAAGUCCUGCGGCAAAGCCGAAAGAUGAAGAAAAUCGACCCCAAGAGCUUCUUCGCAAACGAGCGAACCUUCCUCCACUACGUGCAGAAAGGAGUGUAUCUCGCCGCCUUGGCCAUAGCGUUGUUGCAGUGGGGCGGCGGAGUCUGGGCGGCUGAGCUGGCUGGCUUCGGCCUCGCGUUCGCCGUCCUCAGUCUGCUCGCGUACAGCUACCACAUCUUCGAGGCGCGCGGCAGGAAACUCGAAAAGAAAGUCGCGCGUGGCGACCUCAACUCUGGUGAUCGCUACGACAGUCGACACGGCCCCGUCCUCGUUUUCGCCUCGGUCUCUCUUGUUGUUUUUUUCAUUCUCGCGCUCCAGGUGGAUUCUGGCGUAAAGAAACUUAGGAGCAUCUAG